AUGGUUUCAUCGCAAGAAGUACUAGAAAUAAUACCCAAGUUUACCGGAGGACUGAGCUUCGUAUUCAGUCUUUCGACUGCGGUAUAUAUCAUAUUCUUUAGUGACGAUACAAAGAAGGGAUUCUACAAUAGGUUGGUGAUCGGGAUGUGCUUCGCAGAUAUGCUGAGCAGUUUGGCUUUCUUCUUCAGCACAUGGCCCAUGCCAACCGAUUCAGACGCAGUGAUCGCUGCUGGAAACGAGGCGACGUGCCGUAUACAAGGUUUCUUUAUCCAAUACAGCAUUUCAUCCCAGUUAUACGUUGGUUCAAUCGGUGCAUUCUACCUACUGGCGAUAAAAUACGGUUGGAAAGAGAGGCAUUUUGCCAAGUGGGGUCCUCUUUUCCAUUUCGUACCGGUUGGAUUUGGACUCGGAUCUUCCAUCGCUGUCACAGUCUUGGAUAUCAUUGGGCCAGCGAACCUCUGGUGUUGGAUCGCGCCUCAAGACGACAGGCCAGAUCUCGCAGUGAACUUAUACCGAAUGGCUUUGUUCUACGUCCCAUUGUGGCUGGCAAUGUUAUUUGUCGGUGUAAUCUUAAUCUUUGUCUUUCUUUACGUCCGUAAAGUGACAAAAGUGGCUGAAGAACAUGUUGUCAAAUGGAUGCCAGAAAAGUCGGUUAAGAAUCUUUCGCAAGAUGCUGAAUCAAAUGAUGACGAAGAAGAAGAAGAGAUCUAUUGCGGACAAGAAUUGAGUAGCGAUAGCUCAGAAGAAGAAGAAAAUGAAACUAACGAGCCUCUCGACGACAGUGGAAGCAUUUCUUCUUCCGAGGACGCACCACCAGAAGAACGUGGCAGAGUGUCGACCAUCGUUCGAAACAAACAAAAAGAGCAAAUCAAAAUGUACGCAAGAAGGCGACGCGAAAUCGCAUAUCAGUGCUUACGAUUUGCCUUGGCGUUCUACAUCACCUGGACCCCAUUGUCGUGCGUUCGGCUACUGCAGCUUUUCGAAAGACCAGUUCCAUAUGGUUUGCUUGUCAUGUCAGUGGUAAUGACGCCACUACAAGGGCUUCCAAAUCUGCUUGCUUUCCUAUACCCGAUGAUCAGAAAGAAAUGGAAGCACCGAAAGCGAGCGCAGAAGAACGACCAAAAAAAUCUUAAGGAGGGAGUGGAAGAGACGAAACCUCCGGCCAUUGUGACCAGCCAGCCAGCACACCCGACUUACAAGAAGAUCCGUGGCAUUCAUGGAUCUUCAGCUUGGGGUCUCAGUAUGGGGUAUCAGCACACGCAUGACUUUCAGCUAUCUUCCGAUAUCAAAAGCGAGGAGCAGAAUGACAUCUAUACGCGUCCAGAAAUGUACUUCAUGAGAAAGAAGUAA